ACUUUCCCUCUUCCAAAUCUGUGAUCUUAAUUAAGAUUCCAAAAUAGAAUCCAUCCAGAAAUUUUCGCCAGUGAAAACACGGAAAGUAAAAAUGAACGGAAAAUCCAAAUCGAAGAAAAUGUCGGAAAAACUGAUGAACUUUACAAUCACCCCUCCCAAACUGAAACCAAAACGAAGAAUCGGCUUGCUUCUUUCUGUCUUAAAGGCACUGUCGUGUAUUCUGGGCCCCUUGACAGUCCCAACUAUUGUUUACGGCGUAGAAGGUUGCACUACUCUCUUCUGGUGGACACUAGGAAUCUCAUUUUUCAGCAGUCUUCUCCUACUGACUUUCGACAUUCAGAAGGUCAAAGACUUAAAAGAAUAUUUUAAAAUCAACCAAUGUGGUGGAAUUCGAUGCUUGAUAAAAUUGGGAUUGAUGAUUUUAGUGUGUGGAGGAGGCACUUACGCUUACCACAUACACUUCUACGAACUUUUCAGUGCCUGCCUCUUCGUAACUGGGGUUAUUAUAGGAACCUUCUUCUCAGACAUUACUGUCUGGUGGAAUUUUAGGAAAAAUAAGAAUUUACCAUAUGUGAAUUUCACAAAAAAUUCGCCGACACCAAUACGGCCAACAUUUCUUGAUCUUAGAAGAAAGUCGCUCAAUGCCCCAAGGUGUGCCUCGAAUCUUCUGCCUUUGAAGAGGCAGCUAAGUUCCCCAACAAAGAAGCCUUCGAAUUCCUUAAAUUCCCCAACACUGGAUGAGGUGAAAUCUGUGCCACUGUCAGCCAGAAGUCCGAGUGUUUCUAUGAGCCCAGUGUUGCUCAAGUAUCCAUCUUUAAGUUCUUCCUCUGCAGAAUCGGAUGUACCAGAGGUCCCACAACAGAUUUCCAUUACCACACCGACCAAAAGACGGGUGAUUUCAGCCGGUUUGAUUUCUCUCAGUCCUUUAGCAAAUACUCCAAAGACAGCACCAGCUCCCAAGAGACGGUUGGAAUUACCGGGGCGCAUCAAUCCUAUUCCAAUGCGGCCUUCGGAUAUCUCGUAUCAUCAAACAACGCCAACGUUCACGUACACUGAAUGCAACGUCGAGAAUUUGCUGUCUCAGAACUACAGUCUCUUCCAUAUGUGAAGCAGACAGGAAAAAAAGUAAAUUUUAAACACAUUUACAAACUGUAAGUUUUUAGUAAAGGUAUUUUUA